UGUUUAAUACUAGUUGAUUGAGAUCAUGUACCUCUUGUCUAUGCUUGUUUUAGCUGAAACGGUCCUUGUAUUAGGGCUUAUCUUCAGUUCUCCUCUAAGGGAACUGGUGAUGAGGAUAUUAGACAUAAUAACAGUAGGGAAAGCCACUCUGAUUUUAAAGACUGUUGCAGCAACUUUGCUUCUUGUUUUCACCUCAAUGUUAUACGAUGUGAUAGAGAUCAAAAAAUGUUGGUCGGAAGGCGCUGUUCCUAAUCCUGCCGAUGAGAUUCUAAUGGCGAAACAAGUUUUGAAAGCAUCCAUGUGGUUUGCUUUAUUCCUUGCGUUGGCUACAUAUGGAUUGCACUACUGUAUCAAAGGGCUAGAAGGAUCGAGGAGAUUGGAGGCUGCUGAAGAUAAUAAACAAUUGAUGUUAGAACCCCCAAAGAAUAAUGCAACAUCUUCAAAAUGAACAAUUGAUGUUUGAACUUUUAAAAAAAUAUGAAGAUUCCUCCUCUUCAUGUAAGGUGUAAUCAUGCAUAAGACAAGGUCAUAUGUUGACAAAAAAUAAGAAGAAAUAAGAACGUAAUUGUGUAAUGAUCAUUUGCUCAAA